AAUCAUGGUACAAAACCCGAUUAUGCUAUCCAUUUGUCUUUACAUAAAAUUAAUUUAUAGUAGGAUUCUCACAAAGUUUUUUCAAGCGAAACGUGGGUCUCUGACUUGCUCCACAAGUUUAGUUUAGCGGAUAUGAUUCAUUCUUGUGCCAAUUACCUAUUGUCAGCUGCAAUUUUUGUACACUAACUUCUAAAUAAAAAUAACGAUAUUCUGAACCACUUGAUUUUUGGCCUGAUUUAGCCUGAUAUUUUUCGUCACCCUCAAACAACCAAUCGUGUAUGAUUAAUGUUAUUAAGAAAACAUUUUCCUCGCCCGCUGACCCCAGCAAGCUGUGGCAACACAGCCUGUUACUUCUGACCCUAAUUAUUUUAGGGGGAAAGUUCUCCAUUGCUGAAACGAACUCAUUUCUAUCUUUUUCGGACUUUUUGCGCAUUAGAUCCAGCAUGGAGUAUGUGAAAACGCUAGUCCCGGGGUCUCUAGUGCGGUCUGUGACCUCGGUAGGCACCUCUUUCACCGGUCAGGUCCUUCCCCCACCCAAGCCCCGUCCCUUCCGGAUCUGCACGUAUAACCGCUGCCGACGGAGAGGCGUGGUAGCCGCGUCCCUAGAUGAUCUAGCAAGCAAAUUGCACUGUGAUACUGUCCGGAACCCCCCAAAGGUUGUGAAUAUCUUCCUGCUGACAAGUGAGCUUCUGACCCUGGUGCUGGAGGAAGAUGGCACAGUGGUGGACACAGAGGCCUUCUUCCAAUCACUGCCUGCCAACACGCCAUUGAUGGUGCUGGAGAAGGGGCAGAGAUGGACCCAGAGCAAGGGCAUCCCAGGUUUCCAACGGCUCAAGAAAAGUGGAAUUGCAAAGCUGAGCUUUGACCUGUACAAGCUGAAUCCCAAAGACUUCAUUGGCUGUUUGGCCAUACAGGCUACCCUAUAUGAGAUGUACAGUUUCUCAUAUGAGAUACAGUGCAUGGGGUUAAAGGUAAUUUUGAAGUCGAUCCUGCAGUGCCUGACAUAUGUGGCUCAAGUGUCAGGCCACUUUCUGCUGUGUGGUUCCACCUAUUUGCUGCAGCACAUUGAAGAUGACGACUAGAAGGCAACUAGGACAUUGCUUUGUGUGGAAAUGGGUUUCAGGAUUGAUGUCUGGGUACCGUACUGUCUGUACUGUCUAUUCUAACUCCAGCUGCAAUUGAACACUUGCCACCAGAGUAAAACCUGCAUGCUUCUGAAAUGUUUAAAGCAUCUUCUUGUGUCAUAUGUUAAUUUCUCCUUAUAUUAAAAACACUUCCCAGAAACACAGUUCUGCUGCUUACAGCUUGAAAUGUUCAAUUUUGUUAUGUUAAUUGUUUUUCUGAUUGAUUUAUCACAUUUCAGCUAAGCAGGCUUCAGCUUAUUUUGGGGGGUGAAAUGAACAGGUCACUUGUACAUACUGGUACUGACACUUGAAUGGUGAAUGGUUGAAUUGGUAUUGGUAGCCCGAUAUAAUAUCUCAAAAUCCUGACCACAAGUCAGAUUUUGAGUUUAGGUUUUAUAUCAAUGAGCGUCAAACUAGCUGGGAGAAUGUCUACACAGUGUUUGUCUUUGUUAAAUAAAGUGUCUGAAAUUUUAGAUCUGAGUUUUAAAGUUGGAACAUUAAGACGUCCUCCUAAGCUGUGUACAACUACAUGCUGAUCAUUUGUGACAUUGUGCACAAGUUUCACUCUCUAAAUAAACUUCAUCUAAAGUUUGGUCUUUAUCUGGAA